CAAGCGGGGCUUAGUCGAAGGGGUCAGUUUGCCUAUUGCCGUUUUGUGCGGGACCACGAGUGCGGACCACAAUCCGUCGGCGCAACAGCAACACAACAUGGAACCGAUCGAUACGCGGGCAGAGCGCAGGGAAAAGAUCGCCUACCAUCUGGAGACAUGCUUUAACACCAUCAACCACAUGCUGAUUGGAUAUGUGACGUUUUAUCUGUCCUACUACUCGUACACGAGAGGCUUUGGCAAGCUGUUUACCUGGCACAUUUUCCUCUGCUCCGUCGGUUACCAAUUUUUCAUGGCACAGUCACUGCUUACGCUCUACCCGGCCAACUCGUGGACGAAUCGGUACUCGACUGCAACCAAGCGCCAUCUGCACUGGGCUUUGCAGGCGAUCGGCUGUGUUGCAAUCCUUGUCGGGAUCGUUAUUGAGAUCUAUCUGAAGGAGGAUGCCGGACGGAACCACUUCCGGUCGGAUCAUGCCAUAACGGGUUUGGUUUCACUCAUCUUUAUCGCACUGUCCAUACUGAACGGCAUCGCAGCGAUGUACACCGUCAAGAUUAAGCACCUCAUCAAGCCAGUGUACGUGAAGAUGUGCCACUACCUGACCGGCAUUGUCGCCUUCGUUAUCGGUAUGACAUCGCUCGCGCUCGAGUACUCACCGCGGAUGCUAUCGGUGCAGCACAAGCAGAUGCUGAUCGCGUUCACCACCAUUACGACCGCCCUGACCCUAAUCGGGGUGUGCAAAACGAUGACCAAUCAGUGCCGAAAUCUGCGCCAAUCUUGAAGAUUGAAAUUGAAAAGUGUGUAAUGUAUGUAUGUAUACUGUUAAAAUUCAUUUAUUUGUAUCACGCGCCACAAUGUUCGCUCGCUCGGUGCUGUGUUGUACAAUGCGUAUUAUUUGCUUUUCAUUACAAAAUACGUAACGGAGA